UUCACGUGAGUACUGUCACUGUCACAGUGGAGAAGUUGAACUUCCCGUAAAAUAUGGGCGGGGUUAGGCCUAAUAUCGGAUUUGAUUAAAGUCUUGGAAGUGAAUUUUGUUAUUAUACCUUUUAAGAAACGAUUUCAAAAGGAUAAUAGGGAAAAUACAUACACAAUAUACGUUUGAUGUUUUGAUGUACAAUCAGUGAGACGGCAUAAAUUAAAACUGAAGAUUUCAAAUAAAAAUUGUGAAACCAGAAGAGAUUAGAAGAGAAAACAGUUAAAUAUGGAAUCAUUUCCACAUGUGCUCCAUAUCUUGACCAUUGCAUUGUUACUUAUCAUUAUACUUAUCUUUGUUGUUCUGGCUGGUGGUGUUGGACCUGAUCGUUUGGCAGGCUUUGAUCCAUUCCUAGAAUAUGGAACAGCUGUAACUGUUAUACUGUACACUUUACGAUUCCUGACUUUCAUUCCCAUACCACAAGCAAUAUUCAACUUCCUUGGACUAUUUUGUUAUAAUACUCACCCGCCAAAACCGAAGUUGAAGACGUCAACACUGUUUGGACCAUUUAUUUGCUUCAGGGUGGUAACUAGAGGUACAUUCCCUGACCUUGUGAAAAAAAAUGUCCAGAGAAAUGUUGAAAUUUGUUCAAGAAUUGGUUUAGAUAAUUAUAUUAUAGAGGUAGUGACAGAUAAUGCAGUCAACUUACCAAAAUCGCCUCGUUUGAGAGAGAUCAUUGUUCCAAACCAGUAUGUCACAACAAAUCAAACACGAUACAAGGCAAGAGCAUUAAACUACUGUCUAGAAGCGGGAGUAAAUAUGCUCACUGACAAUGAUUGGAUUGUACAUUUAGACGAGGAAACUUUGCUCACUGAAUCAUCUGUUAUAGGUAUUGUCAACUUUAUCAAUGAGGGAAAGUAUAAUCUUGGACAAGGUGUCAUUACUUAUGCAAACGAAGACAUUGUCAGUUGGCUGACAACUAUUGCAGAUUUAGUGCGUGUAGGAAUGGACUUUGGAAUGAUUAGAUUUUGUCUGAAAUAUCUACACAAACCUGUGUUUAGCUGGAAAGGAAGUUUUAUAGUGGCUAAUGCUGGUAUUGAAAGGCAGAUCACCUAUGAUUUUGGUAUUGAAGGCAGUAUAGCUGAAGAUUGCUUCUUUGCUUUGACAGCCUGGAAGGAAGGACAUCAGUUUGGUUUUGUUGAAGGAGACAUGUGGGAAAAGAGUACAUUUUCUGCGUUAGAUUAUAUAUACCAGCGGAAAAGAUGGGUUCAAGGUAUAUAUAAUGUGUUUUUUAGCUCACAAAUUCCAUUCAAGUACAAGUAUGGUAUAUCUUUAAUGUUACUAGCCUGGUUUUUUAUGCCGUUGACAGUUACAAACAUUGUACUGGUACCUUUAUUUCCUUUACCAAUGUGGCGCAGUGUAAACAUCCUGUGUGGAUUUAUGGGUGCUGUGAUGUUGUUCCUUUAUAUAUUUGGGGCUAUAAUGUCAUUCUCUCCUAGGAGAACAGGAUGGGCAAAAUAUAUUUUCCUGUGCUUUAUACCUAUUGCUGUAUUACCAAUUGCCAUGUGUAUGGAAACAAUAGGUGUGAUGUGGGCUCUAAAAACAAGGAAACUGAACUCUUUCCAUAUUGUGAACAAGCAGACGACAGUGUCUCCACAGACAACCGUACCUAGUGAAAAAUCAACAGCCAACACUGUACAACAUGUGUAAUAGUAAUACAGUAUCCAUUAUCAUCCAUCAUGUGUGAUCAAUAUUGAAUCUCAAAAUAACUUGCCAGGCCUAGAGAGAUAAAUUUUAAAUCAGACCCAGGAAAGUAAUAUUAUUAUUUUAAUUGUCAUAAAAUUUAGAAUGUUCAUCAAUUCAAAGCAUCUGUUUCCAUAGAUUUACACUAUAUUAUUAAAGCAACUGAAAAAAAAAAACAUUACAUACCGGGUACUAUGUUUCUUGCCCUUUUUUAGGCACAUAAUGAAAGUACACACCUAUGGUCAGCAGGUGUACAUCUGAAUGAUUUGAAAGAAAAAAAUAUAGAUAUAUUGGGUGUUAUCUUACCUGCCAAUGAUUUUUAUAGUGUAAAUGUAUGGAAUCAAUAUGGUUGUUGUAAACACAAGUUUUUAAUACCCCUAACCCCACUUAUUGUUUUGUACCAAUAGUAAAAGUAUUUUUCUUGUCAUGUUGAUUGUUGUGAAAGAAUAAAUAUUUGUUAGUUAUGUUAAAGAAUACUCUACCUGUAAAAAUCAUUGAAUGUGAAGUAUAAGCUAGAUAUUUUAUGGGUUUUUUUUUUGUUAAGCCACACUGCAUUCAGUAUUACUUGUGUAAUUUGCAUAAUUGUUUAGAAUCUCAGUAUUUUAUAAUAUAAAAAUCUGUAAUUCCUUGAGUGUUCAUAGGAAAUUUUGUUUAUUGUUGAAUUUUUAAAACUUAAUAAAACCUAGAUAUUAAUAUUGCUAAUAUUUCAUUUUAUUUUGGCUUUGUGUAUGAUAGAAUUUUUUUUUAAAGAUAUUUGCUUGAUCUAUAUGGUGCUGUUUUAACAUUUCUUUAGUUUUAUGCUAUUUUUUAUUCUGCUGUUUUUAAUUGAUAUUGUGUCAUUUUUGUUUGAAAAACUUUUUAGUGCUUUUGUUUUUAACAGUGAUUCUGCUGGAUUCUUUUUUUAAAUCAUUUUAUUAGUUACAAAAUAAUGAUAAUUUCCAUGAAUUUCGAUGAAAUUGAGAAGGUUUUUAAUAUUUUCAUCAGCUGAUUUACGUGAACUGUCUUGUUACAAAGUUUUCUAUCACAAGUAUGUUGUCACACAGGAGAAAAUUGUCCAUUUAAAUAAUAAAUCUAUAACUUUGCAAAGCUAUACGUUGGAUGAUACAUGUAUCAUAAAGUAAUAGUAAAAUAUUCAAUUUGUGUGUUUUCAAAGCAUGUAGAAAUAUUGUUUUAAAAAGUUUAUAUUUUAUUGAUAGAAAGUUUGUAGAGGAUUGUAGAUUCAUUGUUGCCAUUUGCUUAAUUGUAAUAGUAAAUUUUAGCCAUAUUGAUAGUGUUCAGAAUGUGUUAUGUAUGUUGUUGUUAGUUUGAAUGUUUUAAUCAUGCAUUACAUGUCUGAAUUUUAGGCCUCAUAGCCAAAUGUUGUCUCUUUUUAUAUACUGAUUGUUAAGACUUAGUGACGGCAUAACUGAGUGGUUAACAUGUUGGACGAGUAAUUUAUUGAUCCCUUAGUCGCAUGGGUUCAAACUCUUGUCAUUGUUUCCUCGAGCAAAAAACUUUACAGUCAUUGCACAGUACUGGUUGACACUAGGAAGGAUAAGCUUAUAGCUUUGUACAAAAUCAAAUUAAAAUAAUUCUGUGUAAAACACUAUUGAUCAAUGCAGAUGUUUUAUGUUAACAUAUUUACUGUAUCAAUAUCUAAGCUGCUGCACAAAGCCUAUCUUUCAUUGAUUUAAUACUCAGGAAUUGCAAGGAAAAGUGUGUAUGAUAAAUAGAUACAUUAUUAUAUUAUUUAAUUUUACCCUAUUGGCAGCGACAUAUUCUACAUAUGCCACAGGUGCAGAACAAGAUCAGAUCAUGGUCUGUAAUGCUUGCUAUUCAGUCAGUACAUAUUUUGAAAUUUUCUCUAAAAAUUAUGAAUGGGCAUGUCCAGAUUGAAAGAUGGACAAGUCCAAUUUAGGUAUGUGGCACGGAAAGGUACACAAUUAUCAGAGAUAUUGAUCCAAUAUUUUUGUAGAAUGUUGUUAAUGAUAUUAAUUUGUUGUAUUGAAACAUUUAACAAUCCAGCUAGCUGGUUCUACUCAGGGGCCUAUUCCUGCCUGAAAUAAUGCACAGAAGGACACCAGAGGUCUUCCUGAUCAGUAAAGCUGGAACAUAGCUAUAUGAUGAUUCCUCUGAAAGACAAGUAUUUAAUGCAUUAAGCUAAUGACUAAUGCUUUGUCAAAUCAAGACAAAAUUAAUACUCAUUUUAGUGCUUGUCAAGGAUAUUUUAUGUAAGAAUCAAAUUUGAAGCAGUUACUCAAAAGGAGAGCUAUAUUUACAUGUUGAUAUAUAAAAAAAAAUCAUUUAUGCAAUUCCUUUAGUCUACAGAUUGCUGUACUGAAGGACCUUUUUGUAUUUUUUUUUAACAUGAAUUUAGUGAGAUUUAUGAUUAAAAUAGAAGAGAUUUAUAAGAGAUUAUUGAAAUGUUUAAUAUAGAGAUACAGUGUACAUUAAAUUAGUUUAGAAUUUCUGCUUGUAUUUGUACUUAAUAGCCAAACUUUAAAGUCUGUGUCAAUCACAUUUAGGUGAACUUAUCGUCUUGGACAAACAAGGAAGAAUGUGAUUUUUAUUUGGAAGCAUAGUUGCAACCUCAAUAAGUAUAUAUAACGGCAUUUUCCCUUUUGUUGUGAGAAAGGACUAUGAUACCACUUGGCAGCCUCUCCCCAUUUAUUCAAGAGAUUAAUAAUAUGAGCCGCUUCACGACAAAACCAACGUAAUGUGUUUGCCACCAGCAUGGAUCCAGACCAGCCUGCGCAUACGCGCAGUCUGAUCAGGAUCCAUGCUGUUCGCUUACAAACCCUUUUACAAGUAGAGAAACUGAUAGCAAACAGUAUGGAUCCUGAUCAGACUGUGCGGAUGUGCAGGCUGGUCUGGAUCCAUGCUGGUUGCAAACGCAGUACAUUGGUUUUGUCGUGACGCGGCUCAUAUAUCUGUAAAACUGUGGGCCAUGUUGAUGUAUACGAUAUUAUGGCCUAUCCCAGUUUAUAAAACAGUUCAAACUCAUCAUUUUUAUGUUGUGCUUUGUUUAUGAAUUCUCAGAGUUUCAAGUUCCUAAUUUAAAUUCAUUUAGUCAGAAUCUCAAGAUUAUUUUUAUGUUGUUUUUUUUCCUGUACUUGUUUUGUUUGUGUUCAAGUGUUGGUUGCAAUGUAAUCUGUAAAAAAUUGAGAUUUUAAGAAUUUUAUGGAAAUAAUUAUGUAUGCAAAAUAAGGUUAAAGUUGUUACCGUAUUCUUAAGCUAAAAUAUGUAUGUGACUAUUAUUUAAAAGUAAAGAAUGUUUUUAUUUCUUAAUGUUGUGUCAUGUAAACAAUUAUAUUUAAUAUAUUUUUAGGUUAAUUUAAACAUUCAUUUUUGAUAUGAGCUGUUUCUUUUCAGUUUUAAAGUUUUUCAGCUUUUAUUUUCUGUUGGGAAAAACAAAUAUGUAUUAUUUCAAACAAGUGUUCAAGUAAUUUCAUCUUUGAAAAGGGCAUCAUGCCCCUGUUAAGACAUCCUCAAAACUGCAUCCCAAGGGCUAUUAAAAAUGCGUCACUGACGUUUGUUUCUAAAAAUAGAAGGUUAGGCAACAAAUUGUAUGCUUUACUAAUUUAAAUAUAGAGAGUAGACCUGUAGAUUAGAGGUAAUGAGGUGUUCCAUUUUUAUGUAUUUUAUUGUUGGCAAAUUUCAUUUUCCACCUUAAUUCUUUUGGUUUGAAAUUUAUCUAAAAAUAACCUUUAGAAAAGGCGAAGGCUGCUUUAAUACUUGAAGUAAGAUUUAUUAAAUUUUUGCUUUAUUGCAAGAAAUUAUAACUUAAAGUACAACAUGCAGUAUAUAUAUGCAUAUGUUCCAAUAUGAUAACUUUAUGAAUUUUAAAUGAAUAUUUGAAAUUUAGUUUGCAUUUGUAAGAAUCUGUAGUCAAACCUGUACCUGACAACCAUACUAACAAAGCAAGGUUGUUCUUGAUAAAUUAGAAUUCAUAAAUUAAAAUAUUGUUUUUAUGAAUAUGUUGCCAAUAACCAGAGGUUGCAAAAUGUUGUUAUUAAUGGUGAAUCAAAAUUCAUUUGGAAAAGUACUUUAGUAACUUAUUUUAUUUAAAAUCUGCAGGUUAUUUAGGAAAUGUUUUUUAGGAUAGAUGAUUUAAGUCCAGGGAUGACAUCGAUCACUAACCUUUACAUUGUUGGA